AUGCUGCUGCUGCUGCUGGCCAGAUGUUUUCUGGUGAUUCUUGCUUCCUCGUUGCUGGUGUGCCCUGGGCUGGCCUGCGGGCCCGGCAGGGGGUUUGGAAAGAGGCGGCACCCCAAAAAGCUGACCCCUUUAGCCUACAAGCAGUUUAUCCCCAACGUUGCCGAGAAGACCCUAGGGGCCAGCGGCAGAUAUGAAGGGAAGAUCACAAGAAACUCCGAACGAUUUAAGGAGCUCACCCCCAAUUACAACCCCGACAUCAUAUUUAAGGAUGAGGAAAACACGGGAGCAGACCGGCUGAUGACUCAGAGGUGCAAGGACAAGUUGAAUGCCUUGGCCAUCUCUGUGAUGAACCAGUGGCCCGGAGUGAAGCUGAGAGUGACCGAGGGCUGGGAUGAGGACGGCCAUCAUUCAGAGGAGUCUCUACACUAUGAGGGUCGAGCAGUGGAUAUCACCACGUCCGACCGCGACCGCAGCAAGUACGGCAUGCUGGCUCGCCUGGCUGUGGAGGCAGGUUUCGACUGGGUCUACUACGAAUCCAAAGCUCACAUCCACUGCUCUGUGAAAGCAGAGAACUCCGUGGCGGCCAAAUCCGGCGGCUGCUUCCCGGGAUCGGCCACGGUGCACCUGGAGCAGGGCGGCACCAAGCUGGUGAAGGACCUACGCCCCGGGGACCGCGUGCUGGCGGCUGACGACCAGGGCCGCCUGCUGUAUAGCGACUUCCUCACCUUCCUGGACCGCGACGAAGGCGCCAAGAAGGUCUUCUACGUGAUCGAGACGCGGGAGCCGCGCGAGCGCCUGCUGCUCACCGCCGCGCACCUGCUCUUCGUGGCGCCGCACAACGACUCGGGGCCCGCGCCCGGGCCGAGCGCGCUCUUUGCCAGCCGCGUGCGCCCCGGGCAGCGCGUGUACGUGGUGGCUGAACGCGGCGGGGACCGCCGGCUGCUGCCCGCCGCAGUGCACAGCGUGACGCUGCGAGAGGAGGCGGCGGGCGCGUACGCGCCGCUCACAGCGCACGGCACCAUCCUCAUCAACCGGGUGCUCGCCUCGUGCUACGCCGUCAUCGAGGAGCACAGCUGGGCACACCGGGCCUUCGCGCCUUUCCGCCUGGCGCACGCGCUGCUGGCCGCGCUGGCACCCGCCCGCACGGACGGCGGGGGCGGGGGCAGCAUCCCGGCCCCGCAAUCUGCUGCGGAAGCGAGGGACGCGGGACCCGCUGCCGGCAUCCACUGGUACUCCCAGCUACUCUACCACAUUGGCACGUGGCUGUUGGACAGCGAGACCCUGCAUCCCUUGGGAAUGGCGGUCAAGUCCAGCUGA